CUUAAAGUAAUUAAAAUUGUCUCAGCCUCAAUAAUGUGUGUUUGAAGCUAGCCGGCGUCAAAAAAUCCCUACUCCAAAAUAAUAUAGUCAGUGAUUUAUGCACAAUCCCUGCUUAUUUACAAUUUCAGUGAUUCAUUUUCGGAAUAAACACAGAGUUCUCUAUUCGAAAUAAAAUAAGAAGCAGUUUAGAAGAAGAAGUUUUGAAUUUUCAAUGAAAGACGAAAUUCCAUUCUGGGUUACUUUUGAUGGAGUUAAUUUACCAAAAAAUGCUGUAGUUGGUGGAAAGUAUAAAGGACAAAAAGUAUUUAUUGGAAGAGCUCAUCAUGAAGGAUCUUUAACGCCAGGAAUGGUUCUUGAAAAUGAAAAAGUGCUAGUGAUUCCUUGGGGAUGUGUUUCAAACAGAAAAGAUGAUUUCGAGAUUUUGUGCUCAGAAGGAGAUGCCAAUUGGGCCAUUGCUGAUUCUGGAAGUUAUCCACAAAAUGCUUUUCGUUGUGGUUACUCUGAAGUUUAUUCAGAACCACUUUAUGUAGGAAGAUAUAAGUACGAGGAAUCAUUAGUUUGUGGAAAAAUUCAACCAAGUCAUCAAGUCUGUUAUAUAGCUUAUGAAGAAAAAGAAUUAAACAGCAACCGUUACGAAAUAUUAGUCCUUUAAAUAAACAUACUCGAUUUAUCAUUUAAUUACAAUAAACAAUGAAGAUUUGAAAUA